CAGCCCACCUCACCAACCUCUCGAGCCACGCUCAUGGCCUUCUUCGACUUCAAUGUCGCAUUGGCCUCGCCGCUCUUUGCAAGCGCUUCAGGAGCUGGAGGCGGUGGUGGCGGUGGUGGCGGCGGUGGCGGCGAGCUGAGCAAGAAGCAAAAGAAGAAGGCCAACAAGCAACAGCAACAGCAGCACCAGCAGAAUCAGCAGGCGGACAAGGCGACCCAGAGCAGCAUUAAGGGCAAGGAAAGGGAAGUCGAUCCUCUCGACAGGAUACCAGUGACAGAAAAGCAGGAGUUACACAGCCGGAUCAAGGAUCUGCGUGAUCUCGGCUACACCUGCAUCGCCCUCAAUCAUACCAUCCACAACCGAAUCGAGCCAAGCCAGCACACUAACCCCUUCUAUGACGCCGACUACACUUCCAAACCUCAACCUCCGACCUCUCACAUGCCCUCCGUAUCCCUCCCAGCAUUCCCUCACCUCUCCCCUUCCUCCCCCUCAUCCUCACGUCCCUUCACCCAGCUCAAUCGACUCACCCUCAUAGUCGACGACUCGGGCACCUCAUCAUCAAAAGGCGGCGCUGGAGGGGGAGGAGCUAUCAAUCUCCACCAAUCAGGCUCCACCCUCGCAAGCUACGACAUCCUCUCCAUCCGACCCCUCACCUCGAACCAAUUCAACCUCGCCUGCCUAAGUCACACGGAACUCAAACCGGGUACAUCCUUUGACAUCAUUUCGCUCGAUCUGAGCUCGAGUCCACGCUUGCCCUUCUACCUGAAGCGCAGCACCGUAGGCAAGGCGUUGGACAAUGGGGCCGUCUUCGAGGUGUGUUAUAGCGACGGGUUGGACCAUGGGGAGGAGAGUUCAGGAGGGUUGAGAAGAGAGGAUAGAUUGCGCAACCUCGUUUCCAAUACGCGCGAUCUGCUUCGAGUAACACAGGGAGGUAAGGGAGUCAUCCUGUCGUCUGGAGCACGAUCCGUGUUGGGCAUUCGUUCGCCCUCGGAUGUAGUCAAUUUGGCAGCCGUCUUUGGCUUCCACCCUACGAGGGCGAGGGAGGCACUGAGUGCUACAUGCGCAGGAUUGCUUGCUAGAGCACAGACCAGGCGUAGCUGGAGAGGAGUAGUCGGGAUGCCGAGGAUUGUGAGCGCGGAGGGGGACAAGGCAGAGGCGGGAGAGGGCAAGGUGGCUACGGGAUCGUCGGCGCCUGAUCCGUCGAAAGACAUGGGAUUUGUGGAUCACGCUAAAGGGCAGAAGCGCAAGGAGAUGGCGCAACAGGGGGCGCCACUGUCGAAGAAGCAGCGGAGCGAAUAAGAUGCGAGGGCAGCCGCUCAUCAUAGCAGAUUUCAUCGUCAUUGCUCCAUAUCCAUUGCAGUCUGUCCUGCCUCCGUCUUUACGCCGCUACUCGUCAUCCUCCUCCUCAUACUCCCCCUCCGCAACCGCGUUAGCAAUCUCCCUCUGUCUCUCCCUUGCCUCCUCUGCUUUCGCAAGCUCGUCCCCCUUGCCCCCAUGCAUAGGAUAGCGCAUGGCCUUGACACUCUCGUUCCUCAACCCUAGACACCACUCAAUCCUGGCCUCAAACGCCUUGCGCGGCUCCUCGGUCGAGUAUACGUCCCUUCGCUCCUCGCUGGUCAUCCAUC